GUCGACUCUAGUCCGUCGAAUAGUCGUUUGUGUGUAUAUGUGAUAAAAUUUAUCGUCAAUUUCUAUUUACACCCGCAGUAGAGAACAAAUAUUGCAUUAAUAUAUUUUUAAUGACACAAGUUUCUUAUUUUUAAAAGUGCGAUAUUUUUGACAUCACUUUUUUAGUGGGAGACAAAAAGGACAAUUGAAAAAAGAAAUUAAAACAAUGGGUCAUAAUAGACCAUCGGCGAAAAAGAGAUUAUUUUUUGCAAAGAGAAUGGUGAAAAAAGGAAAAUUACCACAAAAGUGAAGUUUUCUUUCGAAUGACAUUUUCAACUCUUUAAUUAACUGUUAAACUUUGUUUAUUUAGUUCGUCUCGUUCUGUGCCAUAAACGGAUUUUCUGGGAUUUUUUGACUGAAAAAGUUGGUGACAGUAUUUUUUAACGAAUGGACCCAAUGUGAUUUAACUCUGGACAUUUGAUUUAAGUGAUAAUUUCUUUUUUUUCGUUGUUUGUUUAGAAUCGGUUAACAUUGUGUUUUUUGUGUUCAGUGUUAUUUAUCUAGAAAUCAUCUUGAAUUAUCACGAAUUGAUUCUGAUACAUUUGAGGCGAAUGUGCGCCGUAAGGGAUGGACAAUAAUAAUUCAGGCAACGUGCUCAUCUCGCCUUGAGUUUCAUUUUGGCACAGCAUCCGGACUGAAAAUUAUUGUCAAGUGAUUUUUUCGAAAACAGUUUUCAUUACAAAGGACAUUUUACAAAAGCUAGAUUUAUUUCCUCUCCCCCUCAUCGCUUUUCAUCAUUGAAAGAAAGAAAUUUUUCCAAAUUUUGAAAUUUUACUCACUUAAUCUUUAAAUUUUCUGCUCUUACAUAAGACUGAUUUUUCGCGCCAAAAAUUGUGCCAAAGGGUGAAAGUACAAAGAAAUCAGUAUUUAAUAGAAAUUGGAUUGUUAUCGUUAAUAGAAUUGUAAUAUAUAUAUAUAUUUUUAUUGCAUUUUUCCAAAGUAAGGAAGGGGGAAAAAAUCAAAAUGUUUCUCGGAGGUUUAGGAUAUUCGAAUACAAAUCAAAACAACCUUCAAUCGCCAACGAGAACUAGUAUUUGGGGAAGUGCUUUAAGUCCAUUCAGAAAUACAAAUAUGCCGCUGCAGGACAUAACUAUGAAUCAAACACUUCCUCUAGUCAAUGGGACAAGUGUAAAAUCGCCCGGGAAAGGCUCGUGGAAUUCGGGAAGUGGCGCCGCUGGUCCAGGAAGAACGAUGAAGGAAUAUGAGGACAAACUUUGUACCUUACAAAAGGAGAAUUUUAAUCUGAAGAUAAGAAUUUAUUUUCUGGAGGAGAGAAUGGGCAUCACGUCUGCCGAUGAGGACGCGAUAAAAAAGAAUAUAGAAUUAAAAGUUGAAAUCGAGUCGCUGAAGAAAGAAUUGGUUGAGAAACAAGAACUUCUCAGUCAGGCGGCGACAGCUUUUGCAGUUAUUGAGGAACAAAAAGAAGCGUCUUCCAGAAAUCAAGUUCAAUAUCAAAUGUCUUUGGAGCAAGAAAGAGGGAGAAUAGGCGAACUUGAAAAAGAACUGAAAGAGUAUAGAGAGAGGUUGUCUGAUGGCUCAAUGUAUUAUAAAGAAUCCUUUGGAAUAUCUCCGGAAAUGGCGAUAGACAAUGCAGAAAAAUUACAACAAAUGGAAGAACUUGUUUCAUCCUUAGAAGCAGAGGUAAAACAAUUGUCGAGUAGUUUAGAGGAAGAACGAAACUGGGCGCAGGAGUUGGAAAUCGAGAGGGAUCAAUUGAAGGGUCGUUUAGAAUCAGAAGUCAAAUUGAGGGAGAAAUUAACAUUGGAAAAGGAUGAGGAUAUCGAUCUUCUCAGGGAUAAAAUCAAAGAAUUGGAGGAGCAGGCAUUUAUGAAGGACAGUGUCGCGCAACAAUAUAAAAGUGAAUUAGUUGAGAAAGAAAGACUAAUUAAGGAGAAAAUCGCUAUUUUAGAAGACAAAUGUAAAGCGUACGAGGAAUUGAGUUUAGUUUCCGAGAAGAGAAAAAAGCAAAUUGAUCAAUUAAGGCUUUCGGUCAAAUCAAGAGACGACGCUCUCACUGAUCUUAACAAUAAACAUCGAGCACUUCUCUCACAGUUUGAAAACGGAUACAUGAAACGAAGCUCCCCUCCGCUCAGUCCGUCGGUAAUAAAUUCAUUCGAAGAUCGGUUUUCUCCGAAAAACAGAAGUCCUUGCCUCCAAAGUCCAACGAGAAGUACAAAUAGUUCAUUUGAUUGGGAAUCGAGUUCAGAUCGUUGUUCAAGAUUGAAAAGUCCGAUUCAGUCUUCGAGUUUCGGAAAUAGUGAUAUUGAUAUUUUAACAAAAGAAGUAAAGGACAGAGACAGGGAACUUCAAAGGCAAGACACGGCGAAAAAGCAAUUAAUCCUAAAAUUGUGUAAUGUACAGCAAUCCGCCGAGAUGACAGAUUUGAAGUUAAAAAAAUUGGAAAUCGAACAUGAAAAGGCAUUGAAGAUGAUUCAAGGAUUCAUGGAGAGACAACAACAAUUGGAGAGCAAACAUGUUAAAAAAGAUCGAAAAAUCAUGGAUCUUGAAGUGGAAUUAUCAAGGCUACGUGGUCCUGACAAAUAUGGAAAAACCGAAUCAUUCCGAAGAAAUCUUAGCAAUGAAAUGUCGGAUAAUCCCGAAAGAGACCACAGUAAUCAGCAACGUUUUGAUGAAAUGGAAAUCAAGAUUAAUGAUCUUCGGGACCAAAUUGAAACUAUCAAGGCUGAGAAAAUUCGACUGGAAAAGCAAAUUCAAGUUGAGUCCGAGGAACUUCAGGAACAACUACAGACCAAGGAACAAAAGAUUGAAUACCUCGAGUGCGAGAAGAAUUCUAUAAAAGAAGAGCUAGAGGACAAAAUGCUUGAACUAAAUCAAUUGAAAGAAGCCUUUCAACAAGCUAGUGUUGAAUUUUGUAAUACCGAUUCGAAUGAAGAUAAGGAAAAAUUGCGUCGUGAAUUAUUUUCAAAAAGUACUGAAUUAAGAGAGAAAAAUGAAAGAAUUGAUCAUUUAGAAAAGGAAUUACAAGUGAAGACACAAAAUUUACAGAAACUUGUUAACACUGAACUUUGGAGUAAAAAUAAAGAAAUUGCCAAGCUGCAUAAUCAUAUGACGAGUUUUCAAAUUCAGGAUAAAUCACGAAGAAGAAGUCUUGAUUUUUCAAUAGAAAGUGCAACAUCACAAUUGAGCGCAUUAAUCAAGGAGCUCAGCGAUAUUGGAAUUUGUGUUAAAUUCACCGACGAUGUGAUACAAUUGAAUUAUGUUAAUGGUAGUGAGCCCAUCGAUGUAAAAAUUAUGACUGAAUAUAUACAAAAGCUCGUGACGCAAAAGAAUGAAUUGGAGAAGGAAGUCGAUUAUUUGAAGUGGCUAAAAUUAAUUUCCAAGCCCGAUAUUGCAGCUGAAAUUGAUGUUUCCGGUUCUGAGACUGAACGAGUUAAGAAAUAUUGUGAUGUUUUGCGUAUGCAUCUCAAGGAACUUGUGAAUUUUAUGAAAGAGACACUGAAGUGUACCGAUCACACGGCAGCGAUUGAUGAUGAGCACAAAAAACUUGUCCUAGACGUCCUGCUAAGUUCGAAAAUUCUCUCGGAUAAUUUUGCUCUAGCUCUAGAAGAGAAUUUAGUGAGGGGAACAAUUGACAAAUAUGAUACUCAAAGAGAAAAAAUUGAUUGUGUUGUGAGAAAAAGUAAAUCGGAGAAUAUUUUGAAUCUUUUAAAAAAUCAAGGUUCGACGCCCUCGGAUUCGGAAGCAUUUUCAGAACCAGAUCGAGCCGUUUCUUUGGCGAGGAUUGGACUACAAGAAACACAACAGAAAUCAUCGUCGAGACCAAAAUUUUCAAAGUACACAAAAACCUUCAGCGACUCGGAGGAUUCUUUAGAUUAUGUCCCGUACCAUAAGACUUAUCAAAACGAUCUCAAUGAUUUGGAUACCGGUAAUCAUAUCCAGGAGUUGAAAGAAACUAAUAAUUUACUAUUCACUGAACUCAGUGCAUUGAGGAGCGAUUUAAUCGCUAAAAUUUCGUUUGAUAGUACGAUCGAUGAAAAGUUAGCGCCUUUAAUAACAAAAUUAGAAAAAUCGCAGAAAUUCUGUGAAAAUUUACAAGGAUCUCUCGAGAAAAGAAUAAGCGAAUGUCAAACGUUGAAGAGAGAAAACAAACAAAACAGUUUACGUAAAUCGCAAUUAGAGAAGAAACUCACUGAAAUUGAAAAUAUGGCGUUGGAAUUGAAAAAGCAGAAAGCUGAAUUAUUACAAAAUAAGGAGAAUUCAGAAAGAAAAUCGUCAGACAUGAUUGUGACACUAAACAGGGAAAAUGAUACGUUGAGAAUGAAGAUAAAGAGACUAGAGGAAGAGAAUGAAGGGGCAAAAGUGACAAUUUCGAAUCUCACAAAAGAAUUGGAUCAUCUCACACUAUUGCACAGUCAAAUUCUCGUGGAGAAUACAAAAUUAUCAAAUGAAAAACUUCGUCUCGAGCAGGAGGUGCGAAAAUCAGAGUGCAGGUACGAGACGACUGUUCGUAAUCUCCAGGAUAAAUUUAAUAAGGAAGCAAUUGAUUUGAAUCAAAUCAAUGAAUCACACAGAAUGAGAAUGCAGGAACUUGAAGCGGCUAAUAAAGAACUUAGGCGACAUGUUGUUGUCUGUGAAACAAGUGAUUCCGCGCCAAGUUCCAGUGGUGUAUCAUCAGUCCCUACUGAAGCUGCUUUGAAGCAAACCUGUGACGAUAUUAUUCAGGAAUAUCAUUCAUACAACGGCUCUCAGUAUUGGUUACCAUUAAGUUAUCCCACGUCGAUUGGCCGCAGUAAAUCGAGUUGCUCGCCGGAUCUUGGGAUCGAGAGUGACGCGGCAAUGACGACGAUGAGGCCGUUGAAAGAUACACUAAAAAUUACAGAGUCCAUGACCAAUCUUCUUAGCGAUGAUGAAAACUGCAACAACAAUCAGAGGUUACGAGACACAAGAAUUGAGAGCCCGCUAGAAAUAGAAGGUGGGCAUAACUAUAGUUUGGAUGAAAUGGAAACGUUGAAGCAGGAAAACGAGGCCUUGAAGAGAAGAUUGAUGAAAACUCGCAAAGUUUUAGAAGAUACUUUCGAGCGUCUCUCAGCAUCGAAUAAGAGUAAGAAGAAUGUCGAAAAAGCAAUAACGAAACAAUUAUUGAUGACUAAAAGUAUUCUAAAGAAAACCAGAAAUUAUGAAGAACCUUUUGAAAACUAAGAAACAAAAAGCUCAAAAUUUGCCUUAGAAGGUACGUGGUUUUUAUUUUUUUGUUUUUCUAUUUUUUACCAAUAAUGUCGUUUUUUGAAUUCUCAUUUCUUUGAAAUAUUUAUUUUUCAAUUUUUAACAAAAAACAAUUACUACGUAUACAAUAUUUAUUAUUGUAGACGUCAAUUGUUUACCUGUACAAUAUUUAUUAUAUAUAUAUAUAUUGUAAUGACUUUAUACUCAAUAAGAAAGUACUUUUUACUAUAAAAAAAAUCGUCGACAAAAGUGUUUUUAAUGAAAAAUUAGAGAUUUUUUUCGUUUAUGAUCUCGAAAAUAGUGAGGUAAACUUUGUAUUCUACGGUACUUGUACAUAAUCUACGGUACAGAGUAAAUUUACAAGAGUAGUUUUAAACUUUUUUUUACCAAAUUUUACGACAAUAGUUUUAGUUUUUAAUUAUUUUAAGAACAAAGAUCGGAAUCGUAUUUUCCGAUUUUUGACAGAUUUGCAUACUUUUUCUGUAUAUAAUUACUAUAUAUCAACGAAAUGCAUCUGUAAAUAGUCCACAAAAUAAAAACGCCAUCGAUUGCCAUUUGAAA